GCGCGUUUGAAUCGCUGACAGAUCGCUAAAUAGGGCCCCAAAAGAGCCAAUUUGACAACAGUUUAACGCAAAUCCUGUGAAUCUCGCGAACGAACUGCAUUCGCUUGCACUUAAACCAAAUAUUUAUCCCCAAUUUGGACAAUGUUCUGUGGCGAGGUGCUGGCAUAAAAAUGGAAAUACAGCUUGAACCGCGUCUCUUUGACAUUGCCAUAUUGACACUUAAUAUAAAACAUUUCAAGUUAACCUAAUACAAAUCAAAAUCAAACCAAUCAAUUAAAAAUAAAAAAGACGCUUGCCUAAUAUUUAAUCCAAGAAACAGAGAAACCACAUCAAACAAAAUGGAGUUUUUAAUGAAAACAUCGCGUUUGAUUGUCACAUCGAAGACGUUUGCGCGGCGUGUAGCGGUGCCUAUACCCAGCAGAGUUCAAAGCUCUAUGGCAAAGUUCUACGUCAGCCAAAGGCAUAGUCAUAGUUUGUUCAUUUUCAGCAUAAUACUACGAAAAAUUCUCUUUAGAAACCCGAAUGAGUUGAUGGGCUCCUUUAACUCGGCGCCCAAGAUCAACAAUGUGGACUCCCAGGAUGAUGGCCUGGAGUUGCCCAAGGGUCUGAGCACCGCCGCCCUGCUCGAGCAUGUGCAGCAACUACGAGGCGGAGGCAUCGAUCAGCCCUCGCUGCUCAGCCGCUGCUUCCUAAAGCCAUUGCCGCUUAGCGAGGAUGUGACCGAUGGUAUGCGUUGUCUCAAGCUGAACUCCGUCUCACGUGUUUGCAGUGCUCCAGAUGAGAACGAUGGCACGCAGAAUAUACGGUUGCUACAGUGGAACAUUCUCUCGCAAACUCUCGGUCAGCACAACGACGGCUUUGUGCGGUGCCCCGAAGAGGCUUUGACCUGGCAGCAUCGCAAGUAUUUGAUUGUCCAGGAGAUUCUACAGAACCAGCCGGAUGUGGUUUGUCUGCAAGAGGUGGAUCACUUCAAAUUUCUGCAGACUGUGCUGGGCAGCCAGAACUAUGCUGGCAUCUUCUUUCCCAAGCCGGACUCGCCGUGUCUGUAUAUAGAGCAGAACAAUGGACCCGAUGGCUGUGCCAUAUUCUACAAGCGCGACAAGCUCCAGCUGCUCGGCUAUGACACGCGCAUCCUUGAGGUCUGGCGUGUCCAGAGCAACCAGGUGGCCAUUGCCGCUCGGCUACAGCUGAAGUCCAGCGGCAAUGAGUUUUGUGUUUGCACAACACAUCUGAAGGCUCGCCAUGGCGCCCUGUUGGCCAAGCUGCGCAACGAGCAGGGGCGCGAUCUGAUCCGCUUUGUCAAGCAGUUUGCCGGCGGGAGUCCGCUCCUGUUGUGCGGCGACUUCAACGCGGAGCCUGUUGAGCCCAUCUAUGCAACGAUCCUAGGCUGCGAUCUCUUCAAAUUGAGCAGCGCCUAUGCGGAUAUGCAGCUGGAACGGGAACGUGAACGGGAACAGGACCGGGAACAGCAGUUCACUUCGAGCUGUGAGGAUCCGAACGAGUUCAUUUCGCAGUCAAUUAAGCGUGAGCCGCCAUACACCACCUGGAAAAUCCGCGAGGAUGGUGAAGAAUGCCACACCAUUGACUAUGUCUUCUACACGCCUCAGCAGCUUAAAAUCAAAAACUGCCUGGAAUUUCCAGCCGGAGAACAGAUCGGCAAAAAUCGUACGCCCAGUUUUCAAUAUCCAUCGGAUCAUUUCUCACUAGUCUGUGACUUUGAGUUGCUGGAUGAGCCCCGUUCGGAGGGCAACAACAAAUCGCAUGGCACCAUACAGUAGUGAAGGAGCACAGGAGCACAGGAGCACAUACUAAACGUACAGCAAUUACAUCAUAAAUUGUGAUAUUAGUUAUUAGAUACAUUUUAGCCACUUGCAUGUACAUACAAAACUUUAUGACUGUUGCACAUCAAAACAUUUUCUGACCUAAAUGAAUUCAAAUUUCACAAAUAAACGAGUGUAACUUUGUAGUAUCCAUUGUGUUUGUGACGCUAUCUGAUAAUCCUUGCAAAUAUUUUUCAUAUUUUCUAAUAAGUUUCUUAUAGAAAGAACAUGCAAUCCUCGGUAGAUAAAGUAUCCAGUCAUUCAAAGGGAAAGCUAUGCUGUGCAAAGUUAUUUGACAAACUUAAACAAAGUUUUUAGUUCCAUUUUACAAAGAUAUUUGCAAAUCAAUUUGAAGUCUAUUGAAUUAAGAGCCAACAUUUGGAAUAAACGUUUUUCGUAAUAAUAAUUAACUUUCGCUCGGAGAAGUGAAUUUUUCGAAAGUGUCUCUUGAGUGAAUUUGAUGGUAAGCACAAAUAAGUAUACAUCCGUUUACUAUUUUCCACACUAGAGUUACGAAAAGUCAACUACAGCUAAUAUUGCCCAGUCAGCCAGGACAGUUUUAUACAAAUAGUUGAUAUAUCGAGUGUAAGAUUUUUCCUUUGUCACAAUCUUGUAAAACGCUUUGCCAGGGUAUUGUGAAACUAUCUUACAAAUGAAAAAUCUGUGCAAAUGCAUAACAAUUAGUAAAUUCCACAAUGACCUAGACCUGUUUGCUUUCAAUAAAUGUCUAUAUAUUCCAAUUUGAAAUCUUAUGAAAAAAAUAAAACGUUUUCGGUUGACAUUUCACACUGAACUUUUGCACGAAGUUUUCUAUCGUCAUUGUAUAUUGUGUUAAUCAUAAAACAGUUCGUUCUUGUCUUGAAUAAUAAACUAAGCCUUACAAAUUCUAUAUAAACAUAUAAGUGUGAAGUUCAUGCGAAACAGAUAACUUUCUUUAUACAUAAACUCAUUCAAUUUAUAUAAAGAUUCUGUUUAUCUCACUGCAAUGUAAAUAUUUGUAUAUCUGUGCCGAGCCAAGUAUAAUAAUAAUGCCCCAUGCAAAUGGUAGUGUAUGUGUUUUUAUAAGUUCUUACGAUAUCAAAUUUCUAGCUGGGUAGCUAAAUGGCUAACAAAUUGAGCUGGCUAUUAGCACAAAACACGAUAUCUACCAAAUUGCAGGCACUGACAAAUAAAAACGUACUAAACAGGUCGGCGACAGUUGUUGCAUAACAGAGCAAAAUGAAGAUACAUAUAAAUAAAC